UUAUAAUGAUCGACUAUUGCGCAGUGCUCAAUUCGUAUGCCGUUUGUUCUGUGAUCUGUUGGAUAGGAAGAUAGCUUAACUUUAUUCUGGAUACACGUUUGACUAUUACAUUUCGAGGAUUGGACACCAGGAGCCAAAAUGGCAGAAACUAUGGAGGAAUUUAAAACUUUGGAGUCUGCCAGUAAUGUCAGUCUUUCCACUGAGAAAGUUGCUGGGUUCAAUGUGUCUCCUGGUGCGGACACGAUUCCGAAUGGUCAUACAGACAACAGUAAACACACCUCUAACGGUGGUGGCUUGGACGCUACUUACCUAGCUAAGACAGGAAAUCCAACAAAAAAAAAUGAUGAAGUUGAUGAACAAAGUCAUAGUUGUGACGAAUCUGGAGGUGCAAAUGAUCAGACACAGCAAACUGAGAUUAAAACUAAGGAAGAUAUGGAGGAACAUUCUUCAAAUGUUUCCAACACUGAAAGUGUACACACAGACGAACACCGUGAGGCAGAACAUUCAGUCGAUGACACUGAACCUGUUGACGAUUCAGCAGCUGUUGACGAUUCAGAACCUGUUGACGAUUCAGAAGCUAUUAAUGAUCUGGAACCUGUUGACGAUUCAGCAGCUGUUGACGAUUCGAAACCUGUUGACGACUCAGAAGCUGUUGAUGAUUCGGAACCUGUUGACGAUUCAGAAGCUAUUAACGAUUUGGAACCUGUUGACGAUUCAAAAGCUGUUAACGAUUCAGAAAUUAUUAACGAUUCAGAAGUUGAAAACUCGUCAUUGUCUGUUCCAGUUGUUGAUGACGUCAAAGAGGAAAAUGGUUCAGAAGCAUUUGAAGCAGAUUCUUCCAAUACACGGCCAGAACAACAUAUCAAUGCUAAUGUUGCAGGUGAUGAAUCCAUAUCUGAAAGUCAGGAGAUACAAACUACCGAAGGACAGUUGCCAACAGGAAAUAAAACGCACGAUGAAUCAUUUUCUCCGAGUGAGAAUGGAGGAUCUGAAGUCAGAAUAUCAGCAGGAGAUUCAGAUCACUUGAUGGAACAUAAAAACCAGUCUGAAGUCUUGAAAUCUGAGCCUGUGCAAGAGAAUAUCCGAGAUUCCGAGCAUGACCCCAAAACACACGGUGACUCACUUUCUAUAAGUGAGAAUAGAGAAUCCGAAGUCAAAAUAUCAGCAGGAGAUGCAGAUCAGUUAAUUGAAGACAAAGAUAAAAACCAGUCUGAAGUCUUGAAAUCUGAGCCUGUGCAAGAGAAUAUCCGAGAUUCCGAGCAUGACCCCAAAACACACGGUGACUCACUUUCUAUAAGUGAGAAUAGAGAAUCCGAAGUCAAAAUAUCAGCAGGAGAUGCAGAUCAGUUAAUUGAAGACAAAGAUAAAAACCAGUCUGAAGUCUUGAAAUCUGAGCCUGUGCAAGAGAAUAUCCGAGAUUCCGAGCAUGACCCCAAAACACACGGUGACUCACUUUCUAUAAGUGAGAAUAGAGAAUCCGAAGUCAAAAUAUCAGCAGGAGAUGCAGAUCAGUUAAUUGAAGACAAAGAUAAAAACCAGUCUGAAGUCUUGAAAUCUGAGCCUGUGCAAGAGAAUAUCCGAGAUUCCGAGCAUGACCCCAAAACACACGGUGACUCACUUUCUAUAAGUGAGAAUAGAGAAUCCGAAGUCAAAAUAUCAGCAGGAGAUGCAGAUCAGUUAAUUGAAGACAAAGAUAAAAACCAGUCUGAAGUCUUGAAAUCUGAGCCUGUGCAAGAGAAUAUCCGAGAUUCCGAGCAUGACCCCAAAACACACGGUGACUCACUUUCUAUAAGUGAGAAUAGGGAAUCCGAAGUCAAAAUAUCAGCAGAUGCAGAUCAGUUAAUUGAAGACAAAGAUAAAAACCAAUCUGACGUCUCGAAAUCAGAACCUGUGCAAGAGAAUAUCGGGGAUUCCGAACAUGACCCCAAAACACACGGUGAAUUAUUUUCUGUAAGCGAGAAUAGAGGAUCCGAAGUCUCACCAGUAGAUUCUGAUCACUUGAUGGAAGACCAAGGCAAGAAGCAGUCUGACGUCUUGCUGUCUCAACCUGUGCAAGAGAUUAUCGGAGAUUUCGGACAUGACCCAAAUGCUAGCACGUUUGACGCUGCUUCAAAGGAGGAAGUGUGUGUCGCUGUGAAUGAAGCAGAGGACAAGACUGAACCGAAAACAUCACAAGAGGACGACCUUCUACCAGUUCCAGAUGGCCAGCCUUUAGACUUGCUACUCAUUGGUCGAACGGGACAUGGCAAAACCUCGAUAUGCAAGACGAUCCUCGAAAGCACAGAUACCAUUGCUAAAUGUACAACAGAAUGUUUCCUUAUUGAGACUAUCGUUGGCCGAAGGCUGUUACGACUUCUUGAUACCCCAGGGACCAUCGACAGCAAGAAGGGUGGCGUCGCGCUGAAGGAGGUGGCCAACAUAUUCACUCUAAACCCCAGCGGUUUCCACGCCAUUUUGUUUGUCAUAAAAUAUGGCAGCAAAAUGUCAGCUUAUGAACUUGGGCUAACUGAGAUGCUGAAAGUGUUGUUGGGAGAAGACGUGUUUAGAAACUACGUCAUGCUUGUAGUUACCCAUGGCGAUAGAUUCGAAGCCGACAUGGAGAAGGGUCUUGUAGCUGGUGAUAUUAAAUCCUAUGUUGAUCAACACGACGGUCGUCUCAAGGAUCUGUUGACGGAAUGUAAACACAGAAUGAUUCUCUUCGACAACACAGACGUGGACCCGGCGAAGAAACGAAAGCAGGUCUGCGAGUUGGUCUCCAUGGUAGAUGAAAUUGUGAACAGCAAUGAUGGUAAACGAUACGACAGUUCCUAUUUUAAACUGGCCAAGAAGGAAACUGAGUUCCAGACCUCGACCACGCUAACUGGCUCGGAAACGGACGAAGAGAGGCGGAUCCUGGAAGAAGGCAUCAGAGGGCAGGUGGGCCAGGUGGUAGCGGAGCAGAUUAAGAAGGACAACAACUGGUGCUUCCCCGCGGAUGCCUUGGUGCGGCUGUCAUCGGGGCAACACGUUACCAUGGCGAGUCUUCGAGUUGGCGAUAAGGUUCUCAGCUGCGCUCACGAAAGCAAAUUGGUCUACAGCGAAGUAUACAUGUUCGGACACGUCGAGAGUGACGUCAUGUUGCCGUGCAUCAAGAUACGGACCUCAGACUUCAGCAUCUCCCUCUCUCCAGGCCACUACGUCUUUGUCGGUGACGAGCCAGCGUCGUCGAUGACGCCAGUUCUGGCUCAGAACGUGAAGUGUGGCGAUCGCGUGUACGCCUGUCGCUCGUCUCACAGUGUCGACGUGGAGCCCAGAUCUGUAGAACUAGAACCCAGUACUGUUAUUGAAGUUCAGUCCACCGUCUGUCGUGGAAAGUAUGCACCAUUUACGGAAUGUGGGACCAUUGUCGUGGAUGACAUUCUAGCAUCUUGUUACGUAGAGAUUCUGCCGCCUUACGUCUCCCACGUACUGUUGUGGCCCAUCAGGAAGUUGUAUGCUGUUUUUCCUGGUUUAUGCUCCACCCUUACUUACAGCAGAUUCUGUGGAAUCCCACUUUGGAUACAUUGGUGUAUGAAAACUUUACUCCCGCGUUUGCCACUUAUCUUCGGCGAUAGACUAACCAAGUGAUCGUUUUUCUGCCAUCAUGUGUCUCUCAUCUGGUCUCCCACGUACUUUUGUGGCCCAUGAGGAAGUUGUAUGCUGCUUUUCCUGGUUUAUGCUCCACCCUUCCACUGUGGAUACAUUGGUGUAUGAAAACUUUACUUCCACGUUUUUCACUUAUCUUCAGCGAUAGACUACUAGUAACCAAGUGAUCGCAUGAUAAAUACCUUAUAAACCCCUGACAUAUAGUGUACCGGCUUGGUGUAAUAUCUGUUCUUUUGUUUGCAAAAUGUCUCACUUUUGCCAGUUGAAUUUAAUAGUAUUAGUAACCAUACUCUACUCGUUUUCAGAUUUUAUACAAUGACAUCGAUGGCACAUGGGUAAUUACAUCGAAGGUAGUCGUGUAAUAUGACCAUGCUGAACAUUUUGUACCCAGAAAAGCAUCACAAAUAUCGUAUAGUAGUUUGGCGGACUUUAUAGAUUUAUUGGUGUAUAACGGUAAAUGCCCACCAUUGCCUAAUCGACCAAGUUAACACUAUAUAACAAUAUAUGCCAAAUACUAGUAGUUCCUAAUUGAUAUAAUGGUGUGCAAUACUUGAUGUUAAAUGUUGUUGUUCUUUUCGUUCGCUUGUUGAAUACAUGUCGAGGCCAGGAGUGACUGUGAACGAUACUGUUCUCUGUAGAUCACUUCUUGUGCCAUACAGCUUUUUUCUGGAGAGUUGUUGUAGUUGUCCAGGUAGUCUGCCUCAGUUGCUGUAGGUUUAUGCGGUUAUGUUAAAUGUUUAUACGCAAAAUAAAAUGUUGAGAAUACUGGAGAAACAAUGAGCAAGUACUAGUUCAAAUCUCUUACUUGUUGUCGGGACGGGACGUAGCCCAGUAAUAAAGCGCACGCCUGAUGCGCGGUCGGUCUAGGUUCGAUCCCCGUCGGUGGGCCCAUUGGGCUAUUUCUCGUUCCAGCCAGUGCACCACGACUGGUAUAUCAA